AUGGCUGUAAAUGGUAUUGGACAUGAUUUUGCUGCUCUACAUGAGUCCUUAGAAGAGAGCGAUCCCGAUCUUUACGAAAUAUUGAAAAAGGAGAAGAAACGACAAGUUUGCGGGCUCGAGCUGAUCGCUUCGGAAAAUUUUACUAGCAGGGCUGUUAUGGAAGCUCUUGGGUCUUCUAUGACAAAUAAAUACUCUGAGGGACAAGUUGGGCAGAGAUAUUACGGAGGAAAUCAGUUCGUGGAUGAAAUGGAAAGCUUAUGCAAACGCCGAGCGCUCGAAGCUUUUCGGUGAGUAUAAACACGUGUAAAUUUGAUCACGUUGUUGAGUGAUUAUAUAUUCUUUUUUGGCUUCGAUGAGAAAUGUUACUGAUAUAAGCUUAUCUGCGAUCGUUGUACAGAGUUACUGCUCCAACAGAAAAAAAAUUCAGAAAAGCUUAACUGAAUUAUUGAGAAAUAGGGUACCAGAAAUAGUGGUGUGACGAAAAUCACUCUAUCGUGAUUGUGUUAUGCAAUGCACACGCUGUCUUUGCUGGGUGGGUGGGAGAGAGGAUGGGCCACAUCAUCCUGCUUGUGGAGACUUUAUAUUCCUGGUGUGACCAAUCGAUUAAAAUUAAUCAUUAUAAAAUUAUAAUAUUUCAUUGAUUAAUAUCAACAGGUGAAAGUAAAUGUAGAAAAUCGAUACUUACAAUUUCAAUUCCACCAAAGUGCUAGCAGUGUCUAUUGGUUGUUGUCAGUUUUAAGGGGUGUCAUUUAGGUGCCAGUGCAAUGUUACCCGUCCAUAAUCAAUCAUUCUUGGAAAUCCUGGAGGGACGCAAUUAUUGGUCAUGGAAAAUAUUAAAGGAUUAUCGUAGAAAAAUUAAAAAAUUGUUGGUGGCAAACAGAAAUAUUAAUACUUGUCAUCAUCAGGCAGCUAUAAUCCACUAUCGGCUCAUUGCUGAUAUAUUUUGUACAUUUUUGUCGUGUUCUAAAAAACACCAAACCACAACCUUGCUAAUGUCUCAUUUAUGGUUUGUUUUACCGGUAUUCACAUUUUAUUGUUUGUAUUAUGAGAAAAUUGUAUUUUAUUAAUGUUGCAAAUCAGUGCAAAAAGUAAAAAGCUUUUGUGCUUUCAGUACACUUCCCAUAGAAACUGUAACACUAUGCAGUUGAUUUGAAAGUUAGUCAUUUGUAAUGACGGCAAGUGAGAAAAACGAUAUUAUUGUGAAUGUCAGAUUCUAAAUACUCUUUGAUUCAGUUUGUUCAGUUAAUAAAAAUGCUCUAGUUGUUGCAUAUGGUUAUAUUAGUUUAUAAGUCUCUAUUCAAAGGAAAUUGGGCGAAAGGGGUAAAUAAUAUUCUUUAUCCUUUAUAGCAUGCCAAGAAAGUAGUGUCUGAUAGCCCGGGGCUAGUGGAUUUUGCUAUCGGGCUAGCGAAUUCUGUUUGUAACAGUGAUGUUUUUUGAGGAAUUUGAAUAACAGAAGAACUGUGAAAUCAAUUCUGCCCGUCAAAAAGUUUUUGGGGCUAGUUGAAAUGACAUCUGGGCUAGUAAAUGCUAUCUUCAACUUAACCGAAUGGCAAGCUGUAAAAAUGAUUUUCUUUGCACUCUGCCUUUAUCACCAAUCAUAUUCUUCACACUGCUUGCAAUACAUUACCUGAGUUGAAAUCAAAUAAGUAAAUAAAUAAAUGUCUUUAUUCUGUACCUGUGCCUAUGUACACAUGUUUUAGGAAGAUCAUAGUAAUUUAUAAUCCAAUUUUUGGAUUAUGCUCUCUAUUUGAUUGUGAAGUCAUUUGCACAGUUGACAUGACCUUUGAAGUAUCCUGCUACUUUGACCUGCUCUAGACCUGAUUUUGGAAAUUUCUAGUUUUAUUUUAUUUUUUGAUCUAACUAGAUUUUUAUAUCUUUUCUAUGUAUUUCACGGAUUAAGUCAGUCCAGAGGUUACUCUAGCAGUAAACAAUAUUUUUUCUUUAUCUUUCAUAAUAUUAAAUGUUAAAGUUUACACUGUAAAGCAAUGUACAAUGAAAAAGUGCACCCAUGAAACUGUCACUUAUAAAAAGUUGUAAAUUUGCAUAAAUUCAAAACAACUUUGUUUCCUGUCAAUUGCAAUGGUCACUGAACCUUUUCUUUAAUAAUUAAACCUUUGCUCGUUGCCACCAAGCAAACUCUCGUGGUCCUAGGAAAAUCAGUUGAUAUCUUACAUGCAAGGAGACUUGGGUCAGAAAAACGUGUUCUAAUAGAACAUGCACAUUAGAAAUCACCCUUCAAGAAAAUGUGACAACCAGGAAUAAUAUUUUUUCCGACAUUUGGUCUUUCCUUUUACGCAACUUGUUAAACAUUUCCUUACAUACUGCACAUAGCUAAUAUAGUAACCAAAGGUAAGGGACUGAGUAGAUUCUGCUUUGUGUAAGUCCAAAUGUAGUUCAGAUAAUGUUUUUUUGAAUUUCACUUUAGUAUUUGUAGAAACGUUCUGUGCAUAUGUAAUAACAACUUGGAGAUUAGAAUUGCAGGCUUAGAUACUUUUUCCACAAAUAAAAUGGCAAGUACAGAACAGACAUAAAAAAAACUUUAAUCAUGUGCUCUCUCUAGAGAACUAUUUUUAAAUUCUAUAAUGCACAUGGAUAUUUUUUUUUGUGAAGAGGUUUCACUUGAAUGGUCACAACAUGGAAUUUCAUGCAGACUCAAAAAUUAGAAACAUCUUACACCCAUGAUUCACUUAGCAGGUAAAAUGUUGAAUAUGACCAGCCAUUAAUACGAGCAGAUUAAAUGGCACAAUAGUGUUCCUAUUAACAGUGUUUUGCUUUAAGUAUUUAUUAGAGCAUAUUCACCAAUCAAUGAAAUAUUGUAUGUUUGAAUUAACAACUUCUGUUUUUAUUGUAGACUUGAUCCAGAAAAGUGGGGUGUGAAUGUGCAACCUUACUCUGGUUCCCCUGCAAACUUUGCAGUCUACACUGGGCUUCUUUCUCCACAUGAUCGCAUUAUGGGUCUUGAUCUGCCAGAUGGAGGCCAUUUGACGCAUGGGUUCAUGACAGAGAAAAAGCGCAUCUCGGCAACAUCUAUUUUCUUCGAAUCAAUGCCUUACAAGACAAACCCGGAAACUGGCUUAAUAGACUACGACAAGCUUGCUGAAACUGCCAGAUUGUUCCGCCCCAAACUUAUUAUCGCAGGAAUCAGUGCUUAUCCACGUCAUUUGGAUUAUGCCAAAUUCAGGGCUAUAAGCGAUGAAGUUGGGGCAAUUCUCAUGGCUGAUAUGGCGCAUAUCAGUGGUCUAGUGGCAGGCAAUGUCGUGCCAACCCCAUUUGAGCAUUGCGAUAUUGUAACAACAACAACACACAAGUCUCUUCGUGGGCCACGUUCAGGGGUUAUAUUCUAUCGCAAGGGUAUCAAGGGUUACAAGAAGAAUGGAGAUCCCAUCAAAUAUGACUAUGGAAACAAAAUUGACUUUGCACUCUUCCCUGGUCUUCAAGGUGGCCCCCACAAUAACACCAUCGCUGCACUAUGUACAGCUUUGAAGCAAGCCAAUACUCCAGAAUUCAAAGCAUAUGCCCAGCAGAUACUGGAUAACUGUAAAGCCAUGGCCAAGGUGUUUUUGGAGCGUGGCUACAAGCUGGUGUCAGAAGGGUCAGAUAAUCACCUGGUUUUAAUGGACCUGCGUCCUCUGGGAUUUGGUGGAGCCCUGGGAGAAAAGGUCUUGGAAGAAGUUUCUAUCACUGGUAAGUCUUUUUUGCAUCCUAUUUUGUAAACUGCCGCUUAUAAGCCCCUCCACUUUUAAGCCUGCCCAGUUAUGGGCUAGUCUUCUUAUAAGAAAAAAAACACAUCUGAUUAUAAGUCUGCCUGGAUAUAAGCACCUCUGUUUUUAAGCGCUUCUAAAAUCCCUUAUGAAGAGGUAUAAGCCCAGGGCUUAUACAAAUGUAUAAAUGGCAGUUUAAAGUAUUUAUAGCAUUUGGUAGUAUUAAAGUUAAAGUGUCCAUAACGAAAAAACCUUUUAUUAUGUAAAUUGAAAGAACGUACAAGAACUUGUGCAAAAAAAUUGUGUGUUUUGAGCAAAAUGAGAUUUUUUUAGAAAUUUUUGAGAUGUAGUUUCUUUGGCACACCUGUUCCGUUGAUAGUGGGAUUGAGAGGCUCAUAUGUAAUGUCCUGAGACGGUCAUAUAUUCAGAAACUGAAAUAUGGAAUUUCAUUCAUGCCUAUCCUAUGUUAUCCCUUUUUCAAGGUCACUAAUGUUGUUGCAUACAGUUUAACUACAACACAUCUUAGAGGCAUCUUUUACCUCCAGACGUCUCUCUUGGGAUUGUUCAACUCAAGGAGAUGGCUAAACUUCAAGUUUUUGUCAUGGUACAAAAUGCAUGUACACUAUACAUGUAUCAUUUGCACAUCUCCCACAAUACACCAUGUUUGACCCCCCCAAACUUUGACUAUCAUCGUUACCAAUUGUCUUCUCAUAAGAUGACUGUAAUACCCAGGAGAAAUGAAAAAAAAAGUUAUGGAAAAUUUUAGGGGGCAAACAAGGUGUUUUGUGGGACUGUGUAAAUGUUGAAUGAAGGGCUUGAAACCUUCAGAGAAUAGCUUCCAUGUUGUAACAAAUUUUAUUUUCUUCUGUCCUCUAAAUCAAAAUUAGACUUAAAGAUACCCACGUAGCCAUGAUAUCCACAUAUAUACUUUUUUCACUCUUAAAUACAAUUUUCUACAGUAAUGUAAACAAAAAUAGGUGUGACAAAUUAAGACUUUAUUUUUAUUCUUAGUGAAUCUUCCUUUGCUCUUGUGACCUUUUUUAGUACAUGUUGUUGUGUUUUGCAUAUAUGCAUAAUUCACUCUUCUUGUACUUCCUGACAGUCAACAAAAAUACAUGCCCUGGUGAUAAAAGUGCCCUGCGUCCAGGUGGACUGCGUAUUGGAGCCCCUGCACUAACCACACGCAUGCUAAAGGAGAAGGAUUUUGAGCAAGUUGCAGACUUCAUUGACCGUGGAAUCAAACUAGGUUUGGAAGUACAGAAAAUCAGUGGCUCAGAUCAGAAGAAAUUUGAAGAAGUGUUGCUUGGAGACCAGUUCAAAGGAAAGGUAGAGGAAUUGAAAAAGGAGGUUGAAGAGUUUUCUGUCAAAUUUCCCAUGCCAGGGUGUGGUCUUAUUUAAAUAACUGAAGAAACGUUAUGUUUCUUUUUGUGCCUAAUGACAUACUUGAGAUGGAUAUUUUGAUACGCUAGAAAGACAGGGAUGAUGAUGUGAAAGUUCCAUGCCGUUAUUUUAUUAGGAGCAUUCUGCUGACCCUGCUUAAGGAUUUCGUUGUCAAGAGCUUAGAAAAAAUUGUACAACCUAGAAUGAAAAGUGCAAACAAAAGGCAGUGAUUUCCUUAAGUUAUGACUUCUUCAAGAGUGUAACUAACUUGUAUCUUGUUAGAUACGGUAGAAUAUAGUCAAGAACAAAUUAGAAAUAUAAGUCGAUUUAGAUUAAGCGAACCAAGUCACACAAUAACAUGAAGUUGUUUCUGCAUUAUGAACCAAUAAAUGUACCCAGUUGUUGGGUAUAAUCAAGAUCGGU